CGUGCGGCUCCCCCGGACCGGCGGGCGCGGCUGCAGUGGGGAAGCGCCCGAGGACCGCGGGCCGAGCGGCGGGGCGCCCCGAGCACCAUGCUGGACCCGUCUUCCAGCGAGGAGGAGUCGGACGAGGGGCUGGAAGAGGAGAGCCGCGAUGUGCUGGUGGCGGCCGGCGGCCCGCAGCGAGCGCCCCCGGCCCCGGCUCGCGAAGGGCGGCGGGACGCGCCGGGGCGCGCGGGCGGCGGCAGCGCAGCCGGACCCGUGAGCCCGAGCCCCUCCGUGCUCAGCGAGGGGCGAGAGGAGCCCGACAGGCAGCUGGAUGAGGAGCAGGAGCGGAGGAUCCGCCUGCAGCUCUACGUCUUCGUCGUGAGGUGCAUCGCGUACCCCUUCAACGCCAAGCAGCCCACCGACAUGGCCCGGAGGCAGCAGAAGCUUAACAAGCAACAAUUGCAGUUACUGAAAGAAAGGUUCCAGGCCUUCCUCAAUGGAGAAACUCAAAUUGUGGCUGACGAAGCAUUUUGCAAUGCAGUUCGGAGUUACUAUGAGGUUUUUCUGAAGAGUGAUCGAGUGGCCAGGAUGGUUCAGAGUGGAGGAUGUUCUGCUAAUGACUUCAGAGAGGUGUUUAAGAAAAACAUAGAAAAACGUGUGCGGAGUCUUCCAGAAAUUGAUGGCUUGAGCAAAGAGACUGUGCUCAGUUCAUGGAUAGCCAAAUAUGAUGCCAUUUACAGAGGUGAAGAGGACUUGUGCAAACAAUCCAACAGAAUGGCCUUAAGUGCUGUGUCUGAACUGAUUCUGAGCAAGGAACAACUCUAUGAGAUGUUCCAGCAGAUUCUGGGUAUUAAAAAACUAGAACACCAACUCCUUUAUAAUGCAUGUCAGCUGGAUAAUGCAGAUGAGCAAGCCGCCCAGAUUAGACGGGAACUUGAUGGUCGUUUGCAGUUGGCAGAGAAGAUGGCAAAGGAAAGAAACUUCCCCAAAUUUAUAGCAAAAGAAAUGGAGAGUAUGUAUAUAGAAGAGUUGCGAUCUUCAGUGAACUUGCUAAUGGCCAAUUUGGAAAGUCUUCCAGUUUCGAAAGGUGGUCCAGAAUUUAAAUUACAAAAAUUAAAACGUUCGCAGAAUUCUGCCUUUUUGGACAUAGGAGAUGAGAAUGAGAUUCAGCUGUCAAAAUCUGAUGUCGUCCUGUCAUUCACCUUAGAGAUUGUCAUCAUGGAAGUUCAAGGUUUGAAGUCUGUUGCUCCCAAUCGAAUUGUUUAUUGUACAAUGGAAGUGGAAGGAGGAGAAAAACUACAGACAGACCAGGCUGAAGCCUCAAGGCCACAAUGGGGUACUCAAGGUGAUUUCACCACCACCCAUCCUCGGCCUGUGGUCAAAGUAAAACUCUUCACGGAAAGCACCGGGGUCCUGGCCCUUGAAGAUAAAGAACUGGGAAGGGUGAUAUUAUACCCAACUUCUAAUAGCUCCAAGUCAGCUGAAUUGCACCGAAUGAUAGUUCCCAAAAAUAGCCAGGACUCUGACUUAAAGAUCAAAUUAGCAGUGCGAAUGGAUAAACCACCACAUAUGAAACAUAGUGGAUAUUUGUAUGCCCUUGGACAGAAGGUUUGGAAAAGAUGGAAAAAACGUUACUUUGUUCUUGUUCAGGUUAGCCAGUACACCUUCGCUAUGUGCAGUUAUAGAGAAAAAAAGUCUGAACCACAAGAACUAAUGCAGCUUGAAGGAUACACUGUGGAUUAUACUGAUCCCCACCCAGGGCUUCAAGGUGGACAGAUGUUCUUUAAUGCAGUUAAAGAAGGAGACACUGUGAUAUUUGCCAGUGAUGACGAACAGGAUAGAGUAUUAUGGGUUCAGGCCAUGUACAGGGCCACUGGUCAGUCAUAUAAACCCAUUCCUGCAAUUCAAACCCAGAAACUGAAUCCUAAAGGAGGGACUCUCCAUGCAGAUGCUCAGCUUUCUGGUAAAGAUGCAGACCGUUUUCAGAAACAUGGUAUGGAUGAGUUUAUUUCUGCUAAUCCUUGCAAGCUUGACCACGCCUUCCUUUUUAGAAUACUCCAGAGGCAGACUUUGGAUCACAGACUGAAUGAUUCCUAUUCUUGCUUGGGUUGGUUUAGCCCUGGCCAAGUCUUUGUGUUAGAUGAGUACUGUGCCCGUUAUGGUGUGAGAGGCUGUCACAGACAUCUCUGCUACCUUACAGAACUGAUGGAACAUUCAGAAAACGGUGCUGUCAUUGACCCAACCCUGCUCCAUUACAGCUUUGCAUUCUGCGCCUCUCAUGUGCACGGCAACAGGCCUGAUGGAAUUGGAACAGUUUCAAUGGAAGAGAAAGAGAGAUUUGAAGAGAUAAAAGAAAGACUGUCUUCUCUUUUAGAAAAUCAGAUAAGCCACUUCAGAUACUGUUUUCCCUUUGGACGACCUGAGGGUGCCCUGAAAGCUACACUUUCAUUACUCGAAAGGGUCUUAAUGAAAGAUAUCGCCACUCCCAUACCAGCAGAAGAGGUGAAAAAAGUGGUCAGAAAAUGUCUGGAGAAAGCUGCCUUGAUCAAUUACACUAGGCUCACAGAAUAUGCCAAAAUAGAAGGCCCAGCAGAAAAGGAAGCAGAGACCAUGAACCAGGCAACUCCUGCUAGAAAGCUGGAGGAGGUCCUUCACCUAGCCGAGCUCUGCAUAGAAGUCUUACAGCAGAAUGAAGAGCAUCACGCAGAGGGAAGAGAGGCAUUUGCUUGGUGGCCCGAUUUACUGGCAGAGCACGCAGAGAAAUUUUGGGCUUUAUUCACAGUGGAUAUGGAUACUGCGCUGGAGGCCCAACCACAAGACUCCUGGGAUAGUUUUCCUCUUUUCCAACUGCUUAAUAAUUUCCUCCGAAAUGACAUGCUUUUAUGUAAUGGAAAAUUUCACAAACACUUGCAAGAAAUCUUUGUGCCCUUGGUUGUCCGCUACGUCGAUCUCAUGGAGUCCUCCAUCGCCCAGUCAAUUCACAGAGGUUUUGAGCAAGAGACAUGGCAGCCUGUCAAGAAUAUCGCCAACAGUCUUCCCAAUGUAGCUCUUCCAAAAGUUCCAAGUCUGCCUCUUAAUCUUCCACAGAUUCCUAGCUUUUCUACUCCUUCGUGGAUGGCUUCUUUAUAUGAGUCCACCAAUGGCUCAGCAACAUCAGAAGACCUUUUUUGGAAACUGGAUGCACUGCAAAUGUUUGUCUUUGAUCUACACUGGCCAGAACAAGAAUUUGCCCACCACUUAGAGCAAAGACUUAAACUAAUGGCCAGUGAUAUGAUAGAGGCCUGUGUCAAAAGAACCAGAGCUGCAUUUGAACUCAAGCUGCAAAAGGCAAGCAAAACAACUGACUUGCGCAUCCCAGCUUCUGUGUGUACAAUGUUUAAUGUAUUAGUCGAUGCCAGAAAGCAAAGUGCCAAACUUUGUGCCCUGGAUGGAGGACAAGAGUUUGGUAGUCAAUGGCAACAAUACCAUUCGAAAAUAGAUGAUUUGAUUGACAACAACGUAAAAGAAAUCAUUUCACUGCUAGUUUCAAAGUUUGUUUCAGUGUUGGAAGGGGUGUUGUCUAAGCUGUCAAGAUAUGAUGAAGGCACUUUCUUUUCAUCCAUUCUGUCAUUCACUGUGAAAGCAGCUGCAAAAUAUGUUGAUGUUCCAAAACCAGGAAUGGAUCUCGCAGACACCUAUAUCAUGUUUGUUCGGCAAAACCAGGAUAUUCUUCGAGAAAAGGUCAAUGAGGAAAUGUAUAUAGAAAAACUGUUUGAUCAAUGGUACAGCAGUUCCAUGAAAGUCAUUUGUGUCUGGUUGGCUGAUAGAUUAGACCUUCAGCUUCAUAUUUACCAACUGAAGACGCUCAUCAAGAUUGUGAAGAAAACCUAUAGGGACUUCCGACUGCAGGGUGUGUUAGAGGGCACCCUGAACAGUAAGACCUAUGAUACUCUGCACAGACGUUUAACGGUAGAGGAGGCUACAGCCUCGGUCUCAGAAGGAGGAGGACUUCAGGGCAUCACCAUGAAAGACAGUGACGAAGAAGAAGGCUGAGAACCCCCCCCGGCCCCCCCCCCCGCCCCCGCUCUGUAGGAGGAAGGAGGACCUUGACAUUGUUUAUUUUGUACCCUGUCCUUGUAAUUACAUUGAUUGUUUGGACCAAAUAAAAACGCUUGUAUUUCACUCAGCAUUGUAAAGAGUGAACCUGGAAGCGGAGUUAGAAGGGAAAAUACCAAGUUUCUUGGUGUUGGGGAUUUUUUAAGAUGAGCCUCUCUUCUGUAGUUUGACCUAAAAUGAGCUUUGGUUUUGUGAUUGGAACAUGACUUUUUGGUUUUUUGGGAGAUUUGACUUUUCCGUCUGUAAUUCCAUCAAAGUAGUGUCCUGUGUGUGAAAUGAGCUCUGUAUUUCUCAUAAUAUGACAUUGUGAGAAGAAGCCACUUUGGAUCACUGUGCCAGCUCUAUUGUGCCCUUGUUAAAAUGGUGUGUAUUUAAUAGUUUAUCAUUUAUGUAUGAGGGGAUUUUUUUUUGUAGUUAUUUGCCAUUGUUGCGCUGUAUGUAAAAACUUUAACCUUGGUUCUUAGUAUUCUGAAUUCAUCUGCAGGCUUCAAGGAUUGCCAAACCCAAAUAUAGACUAGAUUAUCCACCAGCUUGUGUCUUGUUUUAUUCUGAACAUUUCUUCUUUCAAGUGUAAGAAAAAAAGCCCAAAGUGUAAGGUAGUAAAUGUGCUGCCGUCAACAUAACCGUAUUCUCCGACUUCUAAGUGUAACAGCUUGCAGGCAAUAAAAAUCUAUUUGGUCAAAACCACUCCUGUAUUUAUUAAACUUGUAUAAAUUAAAUGCAGUAAAAAAAUGUUUGCAGUAUUAUAAACAUCCCAACAA